AUGGGCAUGAAAACUACAGUCAUGGUGCACUCUUUCCCCAUGUAAUAGUCAUGGGGAAAGCCAGAGUCCUAUAUAAUACCAAAAUAUGAUGGAUUAUUUUGAAGGUGGAACUUAUAAAGAGUUGUUUUCCCUUUCUUUAGGACUUGUUUAAGUUUAGUUUUACUAAUGGGGAAGGCUUUUUCCAGCAUAUGUGUAGUACUACUGUAUGCUUUCUUAGUAUUGGGCCGGAGUGCCUAUGCAAAAAUGAUCAAUUUUUUUGUGUUUGGAGAUUCAACAGUGGACACCGGAACCAAUAAGUACUUAAACUUCACCAAGGAAUCAGGUGCCAAUUUCUUCCCUUACGGUGAAAAUGCGGCUGAAUUCUUUGGCAAACCAACCGGACGUUUCUCAGAUGGCAAAGUUGUAACUGAUUUCAUUGCUGAGCUUGCAAACCUACCACUUAUCCCACCAUAUUUGAAGCCUCAUGCGGACCUUUCUUAUGGAGCCAACUUUGCAUCAGCUGGUGCAGGAAUCCUUGAGGCAACACACAAAGGAAAGACAUUGGCCCUGGAAGUGCAAGUUAAUCUAUUCGUCGAAUUUCAAGAAAAGCUCAAAAGAAAAUUGGGGAGUGUGAAGUCUAAAGAAAUAUUCUCCAAUGCUGUUUAUUGCAUCAGCAUCGGAAUCACUGAUUACAAGGCAGUUUUCCAAGGCAAUUCGAAACUACAACUAUCAAAGCCCAGUGAUGAUCUUGUGAGAAUUGUGAUUGGAAACUUAUCCGCCCAAACUCAAGUAUUAUACAAUCAUGGAGCAAGAAAGUUUCUAUUCAUGUCACUGAAGGACACAGGAUGCAUGCCGGGUAUGCGCUUAAUGACAAAUGAUGGCUCAUGCUUUGCUCCUGCUACUUAUCUCACUGAAUAUCACAACAUGGCUCUGGAGCAACUCUUAAUGGGCUUUGCAUCCAAAUUGGUGGGGUUUCAGUACACCCUCUUCGACCAAUUCAAGUUCAUUAACGCAAGGACCCAAACCCCCAUAAAAUAUGGAUUCUUUGAUGGACUGAAUGCCUGUUGCGGAUGCGGGCGGUUUCGGGGCCUGAGAACUUGUGGACGAAAUAAUCCCAAACGUUACCAUCUGUGCCGGAACGCCACCACACACGUAUGGUUCGACUCGUUCCAUUAUACACAAGGGGUACAGAGACAAGCAGCAGAGACAAUAUGGCAAGGGAAAGACCACCUAAUUAGGCCUCGCCCACUCAAGCAUUUCUUUAUGGAUGAGACUUCACAAGUGAGACAUCGAAAGCAAGGGAAAGCCCAGAUAGCUUCAACCCUUGGUUUUGCAUUGUCCAAAAGCAUAUGAGACCGUUGCUACUAAAGUUUUUAUGCACUUCGGUUAUCAAUGUGCUCUUAGUAAAUAAAUCUCUGUUUAGAUUAAUAAUAUUUGAGCAGAAGUGAAGGCUCCUAUGUCGAUGUUAACAAAGAAUAUUAAGCUAUUGGUUACUUAAAAAGUGCAAUAACUAGCUAAUAGAUGCAACAAUUGAUCGACUCUCA